UUUAUUGUUUAUCUGUUACGCAUCCGCAAGUGAUAUUGUGGUGUGGUUAGUUUAUUGUGAAACAAAAAAUAACAAUUGAAAAUUCGUACAUUAAUUAGGAAACAUUAAUAAGUAAUAUGGCUGCUGAAAUAGAACUCUGUUUACUCACGAGAGGAAUUGGAGAGUUUACGAAACAUCUUAACAUGAAACUGAGGACACAGAACAGGAAAUUGAAGAAACAUAAUGAUAAUGAAAUAUUUUCACCUAUUGGUAUUCAUUCAUUUCUUGUCCUUCUAUCCCAGGAUCCAUGCCUUCACAAUAAGGAUUUUUUCAGUGCAACUUUACAUGUUGAUAUUAAUGUGGCAAUUGCUGGUUACAAAGAUAUUUUUGCUACUUUUGAUUCAGUCAGUGAUCUCUUAAAUGGGAACACUUCUUUUUUGAAAAAUCAAACUAUGAUGGAGGCUGUUUUCAAAAAUGUUCUUAAGGAUAAUUUUUUCAGUAAUAUAAAUUUUUUGAAUUUUACUGAACAAGAGGGUGUUAAUGAAAUAAUACAUGCUUAUGUAAAAAAUAAAACUGUCCACAAAAUUACACAUUUUAGUGGUGUAAAAGACGGUACUAAUUUUACUUUUUUGAAUGCUAUGCAUUUUCAAAAUGUUUGGUCUGAUCCAUUUGCCUUAUUAGACACAGUACCUGAAAUGUUCCUUUUAAAUGUGGAAAAUAAAAUUGAAGUUCAAAUGAUGAAAAGGAAAGGUGAAUUUUAUUAUAAGUAUAGUCCGACCCUUCACGCUAAAAUUUUAAAAUUGCCACUUGCGAAUAGUAAUAUAAGUCUGAUUGUUGUUUUACCUGAAAGUGAAACAAAUUUGAACCAAAUUCUUUCUCACGAUUUAACUCUACUUACAAAUAAUAUGACCAAAGAAGAAGUUGAUGUGUCCCUUCCAAAAUUUAAAAUGAAUGAGACUUUGCAACUAGCGGAUUCUCUUAAAGGGACCGAUUUAGAAGAAAUAUUUAGUGUCAAACUUCCUGGAAUCAUUGAAGGUGAAAUACUUGAUUUUAAUGGAAUGGAACAAAAAGUGUGUUUGGAGGUCAAUGAAAAAGGUUUAGAAAUGGCCACAAGUACCCUCUCAACAUUAACCAAUGCACUUGAUGAAAAGCUGCCACCUAAAAAUGGGUUAAUAAUAUAUGAAGCUAAUAUAUCUACUGAAAUUUCUAACCGGUUUGCCAAAACAGAUGUUGUAUGGAGAGUGCAUAACAGUAACGAGAGAGCAGCAAAUGCGGAAUUUAAAGUGGUCUUAACAGAAACAGCAUUUAUUAGCGCCUUUUCAAUGGAAAUUGAAGGUACAACUCACAAAUCAUAUAUAAAAGAAAAGGAAACAGCAAAGAAUGUUUUUAUGGGAGCUGUAGCUCAAGGGCAAAGUGCUGGUCUCGUUGAAGCAAAAACUAGGGAUUCCAAAGAAUUUGUAGUGUCAGUGAAUUUGGAAGCUGGUUCUGUGGCAGUCUUUUCUUUGACAUAUGAAGAAAUGCUGCAGAGAGUGCACGACCAAUAUGAACUGGUGUUAAAUAUCUGUCCAGGUCAAAUCAUAGAUGAUUUAAAUGUGGAGGUUCGUAUUAAUGAAAGCCGACCCUUGAAAUUUGUAAAAACACCACCUUUAAGAUCAGGGGACAAUAUAAGAACAAAUGCAAAGUUUGACAAACAUCUUGAGCCAUGUUCUAAUAUUAAAAUCAUAAAUUCAAAGACUGCUUGUGUUAAGUUCCGUCCUGAUUCUGCGGUGCAGAAGAGAAUGACACAUUAUUUAGGAAACAAGGUUUGGGAAGGCUUGUCAGGACAGUUUGUUGUGCAGUACGAUGUAGAAAGAGAACAAUGCAAUGGAGAGGUUUUGCUCCAAGAUGGAUAUUUUGUGCAUUUCUUUGCACCAAACGAUUUGGAACCAUUGCCCAAGCAUGUGAUUUUUGUACUGGAUACAAGUAGCAGCAUGAUGGGGAGAAAAUUGGAGCAACUGAAAGAUGCCAUGACAAACAUAAUAGAUGGUUUAAAAAAAGAAGAUACAUUCCAUCUAAUGGAAUUCAAUGAUUAUGUUAUCGUUUGGGAUAUCAACUUUAAAAAAUUUACUAUGUUGUCUCCAUAUAUGAUACAGAAUUUUAAAGAACCUUUUCUUUCUCUUCAACGCCAUUUCUUACCAUCUCCACAAUAUGCUAGCGAUACUGUUAUUCAGAAAGCCAAGGAAGUUGUUCAGGAAAUGAAAGUUUGUGGACGCACAUUUGCAAUAGGGGGCCUGGAAACAGCUUUAUACUUAGCUACAGAAGGACAAAAGUUGGAUGAAAGCAAAGAUGAAAAAGUUCAUCCUAUUAUCAUAUUUUUAACAGAUGGUGAACCCAAUGAGGGAAUUUAUUCAAAAGACGAAAUUGUAGAUGUGAUGACUCAAUUAAACACCAACACCAAAUUGCCUAUAUUCUCUUUAUCUUUUGGAAAGGAGGCAGAUAGGAACUUCUUGAGAAAGUUAUCUUUGAAAAAUUUUGCUUUCUCAAGGCAUAUCUAUGAAGCUGCCGAUGCUUCACUGCAAUUACAGGAUUUUUAUAAAAUGAUUUCUUCCCCACUCUUACAUAACAUAAAUUUCAAGUAUGAUAGGGAAGUGACAGAAGUUACAAGAACUUGGUUUCCUCUUUACUUUAGGGGAUCUGAAUUAGUUGUUUCAGGAAGAUAUGGAGGAUCAACAUUUCCGACUGUCAUCGACUGUUGGGGUCCACAUGGUUUGAUUAGUGUAAAUUCAUCUGCAGAAAGACCUGUGACCUCGCUAGAAAGACUGUGGGCUUAUCUUACUGUGAAACAAUUGUUAGAUGCAAGAGAUACCACACCAAAUGUUGCUGAAUUAACUAGAAAAGCUACUGAUAUAGCCCUAAAGUAUUCGUUUGUGACUGACGUAACCUCUCUGGUGGUUGUAAAACCAAACGAUACCACUUUGACUUGUGACCAUUCUUGGACUAAUAGUGCACCGCAACAGAAAUUUAAAGGUCCUAAGGAUAUUCUUGGACUUUUUAAAGCUGCUCAUACAUCUCAAUCGAAUUUUGUAAGUUCUAAGGCUGCUGGUGAAUCCUUUGGAGUUGCUCCGUCAUCUCAACCGAAAUUUGGAAGUCCUAUGGCUGCAGGUAGACUUUUUGGAGCUGCUCCUUCAUCUCAACCAUCUUUUGGAGGACCUCAUGCCUCUCAACAGAGACUCAAGAAGCUUGAAGGUAGAGCUGUACGUUUUGGAGCUAAAAAUAUAACAACUUCCUUUACUUUUGGAUGUCCUCAGGAUACACAAACAUCUGGAACUGCCCCUUUUUCGCAAAGUGGAGCACCUUCUUUUACUUUUGGAUGUCCUCCGGAUAAAAAAUCCAAAUUAGAAAAAAAAGAAGUAAAGAUUUUUAGAGCCAAUCGUCCCUUUAUUAUCAUGUUGCAGUUAGAAAAAGAUGAUACAACUCUAAUCCUGUUUCAAGGUUAUGUUUGUCGACCUAGUUAUUAAUUGUAGGGAUAUCUAUAGUAUUUCUGUAUUCCUGCUAGAAAUUCUUAUGCAAAACGAACAGAAAAUGUAAAUUGCGUAUAGGAUUUGAAGUGAAAUAUUGUAUUAGACUAACUAUUGAAGCUAUAAACUUUCAAUUUGGUACAGUGCAGUUUCCUCUUAGUAGCUACAUUUAUGUUAAAUUUGAACAAAAUCGAACCAGGGGCAUCAGAAUUAAUAGGAUUCUGAUGGGUUUCAAUGACCAAAAAAUAUAAUUUGACGUAAAGAUUUUGCAGAUUUAAAACAAAAGUCUAAAAACCAUGGCAGCAUUUUACACAUUUCUAGUAUCAGAGCAUACGUGAAAAUCAGAAUAACAAUAAUAAAUUAUCUACCAAUUCGCAUUUAUUUAAAUGAAAGGUAGUCGGACGAGUAGUUUCAAUUUUUCUGUGUAACUGUAGAAAAAACCUGUAAUUAUUGAAAAAUAACAAAUAAUUGACUUAUCUAGAAUAGGUUGCCGAUUAGCUCUUAAGAUUAUUAUGCUCUUUGUAUUUUAUGUGCACACAAAAAUUUUGAUGUUAUAUGGUCUAUUCAGAUUUGCAAAACUUCAAACUUUGAAUUUCAAAUAGCUUUAUUUUGACAAACGAACUACUCUUAAUUCGGACGCCACUGGCUUAUUUUUCCAGUUAUUAUGAGGGAGCUGGACUGUAAUAAAUUGGAAGUUAAUGUUUGUAUUUUUAGUGGUUCAAUGGCAACUCAUCAAAAAAUAUGUUUCACUUCCAACUUUUGAAUGAUAAAGCCCUUAGGAAUUGUUUUACGGAAAGUUGUAUUUCUAUUAUUUUGUAUUUGACAUAGAGAAUUUAGUCUCGAAGAUUGUCGUAAUGUUGCUGUUAAACCCUAUAGGUAUAUAUUUCACCAAUUACUUAAAAAUCAGGUAGUACACUUUCCUCACAUAAUUUUGUAAGACUGAAGAAUUUGGGACAAUUAAUAGGAUUUUCUUGUCCUUUUUGAAACCAAAAGAUAAUUAAAUAUUACACAAAUCUUCAUUUAACGUGUACUUAGAUAUAUAUUCUGUAGAUUAGUAAUUAAUUUUGUAUAGAGCCCAAUAAUCUAAUAUGUGAACUGAUAUACAUAUUUUUUACGUUACCUUAUAUUUUUAUAUGUACUUAUAAGAUUUUAUAAUCUUCCUAAAUAUAGACUGUUGAACAUG